AUGAUGCAGUUGUGUAUAGUUCAGCGUGCUGUUCUUGGGAACGGACAGAAGGAGAGCAGCUGACCAGAGUAUGCAGAGGAUAUUCAUUAGAGGGGUUUUUUUCUAAAGAGACUGGUACGUGUGAAAUUCCUUCAGCUGCAGAAGAGGCGUUUGCAGUGGGGCUUCAAGUUGAUACACUCUGCUCGCAGGAGGAGGUGCACACACUCAGUCUGUCAGCUUCUAAUGGAAAAAAGCUUCAGACAGGCAGACGGCACGUUAUUAAAAGGCCAGCUCAGACACCCUUCAGGAAGAUAUUCUAACUGUGUUUAUGGAACAAGUGCUGUGGUGCUGCGUAUGCCUUAACCAACCGGGAGAAAUGUGCCCAGUUGUGGAACGGAAUCAAUGAAAAGACAUAUCGAGGGGUUGAGGGAAUAAAAUACACGGCGAAUAAAAUUAAGUACGAGCCCUGAAGGAAGAGCAAAGGACAAAAUCUCACGGUGUGGUUUUGUUGUUGUUGUGGAGCUUUUUUUUUUUUUUUUGUCACGCUUACCUACCAUGAACGGAAGAAGUGGAUCUGCAGAGACUUCAUUUCCUCCUCUGACCCCUCGUUUACAUCACUAACUGGUGACAGUUACAUCUCCAUACAUAGUACCUGCCACUUCAGCUGCUCAGAAUUAUAGAAGCCUCUUUGUAUGCAGCAGACAUGGCUAGCCAGCAGGAUUCAGGCUUCUUUGAAAUCAGUAUCAAAUAUUUACUGAAAUCCUGGAGCAAUACUUCUCCAGUUGGUAACGGAUAUAUUAAGCCGCCCGUCCCACCUGUUUCCGGCACACAGAGAGAAAAAGGACCUCCAGCCAUGUUGCCUAUCAGCGUUGACCCAGACAGUAAACCAGGCGAAUAUGUCCUGAAGAGCUUAUUUGUUAACUUUACUACUCAGGCUGAACGCAAAAUCCGCAUCAUCAUGGCAGAGCCUCUUGAAAAGCCACUGACCAAAUCUCUGCAAAGAGGAGAAGACUCCCAGUUUGAUCAAGUAAUAAGCUCAAUGAGCUCCCUUUCAGAAUAUUGCCUACCCUCUAUUCUGCGCACUUUGUUUGAUUGGUAUAAAAGACAAAAUGGCAUAGAAGAUGAAUCUCAUGAGUACAGACCAAGAACGAGCACUAAAUCCAAAAGUGAUGAACAGCAGAGGGACUAUUUAAUGGAAAGAAGAGAUCUGGCUAUUGAUUUUAUUUUUUCCUUAGUAUUAAUAGAAGUUUUGAAACAGAUUCCUCUCCAUCCUGUAAUAGACAGUUUGGUACAUGAUGUUAUUAACCUGGCUUUCAAGCACUUUAAAUAUAAAGAAGGGUACCUUGGUCCUAACACUGGAAAUAUGCAUAUUGUUGCAGAUUUGUAUGCAGAAGUGAUAGGUGUUCUAGCUCAAGCAAAAUUUCCUGCUGUAAAGAAGAAAUUCAUGGCUGAGUUAAAAGAGCUACGACAUAAAGAACAAAGCCCAUAUGUGGUUCAAAGUAUUAUCAGUCUCAUAAUGGGAAUGAAAUUCUUUCGCAUUAAAAUGUAUCCUGUGGAGGACUUUGAAGCUUCUCUUCAGUUUAUGCAGGAAUGUGCACAUUAUUUCCUUGAAGUUAAAGACAAAGAUAUCAAGCAUGCAUUGGCAGGACUGUUUGUUGAAAUUCUUGUCCCUGUAGCUGCUGCUGUAAAAAAUGAAGUGAAUGUCCCCUGUCUGAGGAACUUUGUGGAAAGCUUGUAUGAUACAACACUUGAACUUUCCUCACGAAAGAAGCAUUCACUGGCUUUGUAUCCUUUGGUAACAUGCCUGCUUUGUGUCAGUCAGAAGCAAUUCUUUUUAAACAGAUGGCAUAUUUUCCUCAACAACUGCCUCUCCAAUCUCAAGAAUAAAGACCCCAAAAUGGCUCGAGUUGCACUGGAAUCUCUGUAUAGACUACUAUGGGUUUACAUGAUCAGAAUUAAAUGUGAAAGCAACACAGCUACCCAAAGUCGACUUAUUACUAUUGUCACAACACUUUUCCCGAAAGGGUCCCGUGGUGUUGUGCCAAGAGAUAUGCCUCUUAACAUCUUUGUGAAGAUAAUACAGUUUAUUGCACAGGAACGUUUGGAUUUUGCAAUGAAAGAAAUUAUCUUUGACUUUCUUUGUGUUGGAAAACCAGCAAAGGCUUUCAGUCUCAACCCUGAGAGAAUGAAUAUUGGUCUGAGAGCUUUCUUGGUAAUUGCUGAUAGCUUGCAGCAAAAAGAUGGUGAACCUCCAAUGCCAGUGACUGGAGCUGUCCUCCCCUCUGGAAACACUCUCAGAGUGAAGAAAACUUAUUUGAGCAAAACUCUUACAGAGGAGGAAGCCAAAAUGAUAGGUAUGUCGUUAUAUUAUUCUCAAGUAAGAAAAGCUGUGGACAACAUACUCAGACAUCUUGACAAGGAAGUGGGGCGGUGCAUGAUGCUAACCAACAUACAGAUGCUUAACAAAGAACCUGAGGACAUGAUCACCGGUGAAAGAAAACCAAAAAUUGAUCUGUUCAGAACAUGUGUUGCUGCUAUUCCUCGAUUACUUCCUGAUGGAAUGUCAAAACUUGAGUUGAUUGACUUGCUGGCAAGGCUGUCUAUCCAUAUGGAUGAUGAACUUCGACACAUUGCACAGAACUCUCUGCAGGGUCUACUUGUUGAUUUUGUUGACUGGCGGGAGGAUGUACUCUUUGGUUUUACUAAUUUUCUGCUACGGGAAGUGAAUGAUAUGCAUCAUACCCUUCUUGAUACUUCACUGAAGUUGCUGCUGCAGUUGCUUACACAGUGGAAGCUUGUAAUACACACUCCAGGAAAAGCUUCUGAACAGGCAAAAACCAGAUCCGCAGAGUUGAUACCAAAUGGAUCCAGCCACAGGAUGCAGUCUGAAAGAAGUCCCUAUUCUAAUGUACUACAUGCAGUUGAAGGAUUUGCGCUGGUACUGCUGUGUAGUUUCCAAGUUGCUACACGUAAACUAGCUGUUUUAAUCCUCAGAGAGAUCCGUGCUUUAUUCCUGGCCCUUGGCCAGGCAGAGGAUGAUGACAGGCCUAUGAUUGAUGUCAUGGAUCAAUUAAGUUCUUCUAUUCUUGAAAGUUUCAUUCAUGUGGCUGUUUCGGAUUCAACAGCAAUCCCGUUAACACACAAUGUGGACCUGCAGUGGCUGGUGGAAUGGAAUGCGGUCCUAGUAAAUAGCCAUUACGAUGUAAAAAGUCCUUCCCAUGUCUGGAUAUUUGCACAGUCUGUCAAAGACCCAUGGGUUCUUUGUCUCUUCAGUUUUCUUCGACAAGAAAAUUUGCCAAAACAUUGCCCUACAGCUCUCAGCUAUGCCUGGCCAUAUGCUUUCACUAGGCUGCAGCUGAUAAUGCCUCUUGUGGAUCCAAAUAUUCCUGUUAAUGCAAAGAAAACAAGUACAGCGAGCAGUGGAGACAAUUAUGUUACUUUGUGGAGAAACUAUCUUAUUCUCUGUUUUGGAGUAGCAAAACCCAGUAUUAUGAGCCCAGGACACCUGCGUGCUUCAACACCAGAGAUCAUGGCUACCACUCCUGAUGGUACAGUGAACUAUGAUAAUAAGGCUAUUGGAACUCCAUCAGUUGGCGUCUUGCUAAAGCAGCUAGUGCCUUUGAUGAGACUUGAGAGCAUAGAAAUAACAGAAUCACUGGUAUUAGGAUUUGGAAGAACAAAUUCCCUUGUUUUCAGGGAAUUAGUAGAAGAACUUCACCCACUAAUGAAAGAAGCCCUAGAAAGAAGACCAGAGAACAAGAAACGUCGAGAGCGCCGAGAUCUGCUGAGGCUACAGUUACUGCGAAUUUUUGAACUACUUGCUGAUGCUGGUGUUAUAAGUGACAGUACAAAUGGAGCCUUAGAAAGAGAUACACUAGCCCUUGGAGCCUUGUUCUUAGAGUACGUUGAUCUGACUCGCAUGCUUCUGGAGGCUGAAAAUGAUAAAGAAGUUGAAAUUCUUAAGGAUAUGAGAGCACAUUUCAGUGCAAUGAUUGCCAACUUGAUUCAGUGUGUUCCAGUUCACCACAGGAGAUUUCUCUUCCCUCAGCAGAGCUUGAGACAUCACUUAUUCAUCUUGUUCAGCCAGUGGGCAGGACCUUUCAGUAUUAUGUUCACACCACUGGACCGUUACAGUGAUAGAAAUCAUCAGAUUACAAGAUACCAGUAUUGUGCAUUAAAGGCCAUGUCAGCUGUGCUCUGCUGUGGACCAGUAUUUGACAAUGUUGGUCUUUCCCCUGAUGGUUAUCUUUACAAAUGGCUUGAUAACAUUCUGGCUUGUCAAGAUUUACGUGUUCAUCAGCUUGGAUGUGAAGUUGUAGUCCUCUUACUGGAAUUGAAUCCUGACCAAAUCAAUCUCUUCAACUGGGCUAUAGAUCGGUGUUAUACUGGAUCAUACCAGCUUGCCUCUGGAUGUUUCAAAGCCAUUGCAACUGUGUGUGGAAGCAGGAACUAUCCUUUUGAUAUAGUGACGCUUUUAAACUUAGUGCUGUUCAAGGCAUCUGACACCAACAGAGAGAUUUAUGAAAUUUCCAUGCAACUUAUGCAGAUCCUUGAAUCAAAGCUUUUUGUUUAUUCAAAAAAGGUAGCUGAGCAAAGACCAGGCAGUAUCUUGUAUGGUACACAUGGUCCAUUGCCACCUCUUUAUAGUGUCUCACUUGCCCUUCUUUCAUAUGAACUAGCAAGGAUGUAUCCUGAACUUACCCUUCCACUUUUUUCAGAGGUAAGCCAGCGAUUCCCAACAACACAUCCAAAUGGAAGACAGAUCAUGCUUACCUAUCUGCUGCCAUGGCUUCAUAAUAUUGAACUUGUAGACAACAGACUGCUCCUCCCCGGUUCAAGCCCUACCACUCCAGAAGACGAAAUAAAAGACAAGGAUGGGGAAAUAGGAGUCACGAGUGGAUUAAAAGGCAAUGGCUGGGGCUCUCCUGAGGCCACAUCACUGGUUCUUAAUAAUCUCAUGUACAUGACAGCCAAGUAUGGAGAUGAAAUUCCCGGACCAGAAAUGGAAAAUGUCUGGAAUGCUUUGGCCAACAACGAGAAAUGGAGCAACAACCUUAGGAUAACACUGCAGUUUCUCAUUAGUUUGUGUGGUGUUAGCAGUGAUACCGUCCUUUUACCUUAUAUCAAAAAGGUUGCAAUAUAUCUAUGUCGCAACAACACUAUUCAAACAAUGGAAGAGCUUUUAUUUGAACUGCAGCAAACUGACCCAGUGAACCCAAUAGUCCAGCAUUGCGAUAAUCCUCCAUUUUACCGUUUUGCUGCCAGUAAUAAAGCCUCAGCUGCAGCUUCUGGAACCACCUCUAGCAGUAACACUGUUGUAGCUGGUCAAGAUAAUUUUCCUGAUGCAGAGGAGAACAGAAUAGUGAAAGAGACUGAUGAAAGGUUCAGUAAUGUAAUCAGAGCACAUACUCGACUAGAAUCAAGGUACAGUAAUAGCUCUGGAGGAUCUUAUGACGAUGACAAAAAUGAUCCUGUUUCUCCUUAUACAAGCUGGCUGUUGAAUAUUGUUGAAACCAAACAGCCACAUCCCCUGCCCAUGCCUUACAAUGGAGGAUGCUGGGCACCGCUUGUGGACUACCUCCCAGAAACUAUUACACCCCGCGGACCCCUUCACAGGUGCAAUAUUGCUGUCAUCUUCAUGACUGAGAUGGUAGUGGAUCACAGUGUGAGAGAAGAUUGGGCCCUUCACCUCCCUUUAUUGCUACAUGCACUCUUCUUAGGUCUUGACCAUUACCGCCCUGAGGUUUUUGAACACAGCAAAAAGUUACUGCUUCACCUUUUGAUUGCAUUAUCUUGCAAUAGCAACUAUCAAGCCAUUGCAUCAGUGCUCCUUCAGACCAGAGAGAUGAAUGAGACCAAGACUCUGACAGUACAGCCAGCAUAUUUACCUGAAUAUCUUUAUACAGGUGGCUUUGACUUUCUGCGGGAGUACCAGUCAUCUCCGGUGCCAGACUCCGGCUUGAGCUCCAGCUCUACCUCCUCCAGUAUCAGUCUGGGAGGCAGCAGUGGAAAUCUCCCACAGAUUACACAAGAGAUUGAGGACAUGGACACUGCUGCUGAAACAGAUGAGAAAGCAAACAAAUUAAUUGAGUUUCUGACAACCAGGGCAUUUGGUCCACUUUGGUGCCAUGAAGAUAUCACACCUAAAAAUCAGAACACCAAGAGUGCUGAACAGCUCACUAAUUUUCUGCGUCAUGUUGUAUCUGUAUUUAAAGAUUCCAAGUCAGGUUUUCAUUUGGAGCAGCAUCUGAGUGAAGUUGCUUUACAAACAGCUCUUUCAAGUUCUUCACGACAUUACGCAGGUCGUUCUUUCCAGAUAUUCAGGGCUCUAAAGCAGCCUCUUUCUGCACAUGCGCUGUCUGAUCUCCUGUCAAGAUUGGUGGAAGUUAUUGGAGAGCAUGGAGAUGAGAUUCAGGGCUAUGUAAUGGAAGCACUACUUACUUUGGAAGCUGCUGUGGAUAAUCUGUCUGACUGUUUGAAAAACAGUGAUCUUUUGACAGUGUUAUCUCGUUCAUCUUCACCAGAUUUAACAUCGAGCACCAAACUGACUGCAAACCGGAAGAGCACAGGACAGCUGAAUGUGAAUCCUGGAGCUGGAAGCAGUAACACAGCCACUGCUGAACGAAGCAGGCACCAGAGGAGCUUUUCUGUACCCAAAAAAUUUGGAGAUGUGGACAAGUCCUCAGAUCCACCGCGCAGUGCCACACUGGACAGAAUUCAGGCAUGCACCCAACAAGGACUCUCCUCUAAAACCAGAAGUUCAUCUUCCCUAAAGGACAGUCUCACUGACCCGUCCCAUAUUAACAAUCCAACAAACCUACUGGCCACCAUCUUCUGGGUUGCUGUAGCUUUGAUGGAAUCAGAUUUUGAGUUUGAGUAUCUAAUGGCAUUGCGGCUGUUGAAUAAAUUACUGGCUCAUUUGCCACUAGAUAAAGCUGAAAACCGGGAGAAGUUAGAGAAGUUGCAAGGGCAGCUGAAGUGGGCAGAUUUCUCAGGGCUUCAGCAGCUACUCCUGAAAGGAUUCACUUCCCUUACUACCACUGAUCUCACACUUCAGCUCUUCAGUUUGCUGACACCAGUGUCGCGAAUAUCUAUGGUGGAUUCCUCUCAAGCUAUAGGAUUUCCGUUGAAUGUUUUGUGUCUCCUUCCUCAUUUAAUUCAGCAUUUUGACGGUCCAAACCAGUUUUGUAAAGAUGUAGCUGAAAGGAUUGCUCAGGUUUGUCUGGAAGAAAAGAACCCCAAGCUUUCAAAUCUUGCUCAUGUCAUGACCCUUUAUAAAACACACAGCUAUACAAGGGACUGUGCCACCUGGGUAAAUGUGGUUUGCCGUUACCUUCAUGAAGCAUUUGCUGAUAUCACUUUGAGCAUGGUUACGUAUUUGGCUGAGCUGCUAGAAAAGGGUCUUCCCGGCAUGCAGCAGUCCCUCUUACAGAUGAUCUACAGUCUUCUCAGCUAUAUGGACCUGUCAGCUAUUCCUGUUAAACAGUUUAACAUGGAAGUGCUAAAAACCAUUGAAAAAUAUGUACAGAGCAUUCACUGGAGAGAAGCCUUGAAUAUCUUGAAGUUGGUAGUUUCUCGCUCUGCCAGUUUAGUUCUGCCAUCCUAUCAACACAGCGAUCUUUCCAAAAUGGAGAUACAUCGAGUGUGGAACAGUGCCUCCAAGGAGCUACCAGGGAAGACACUAGAGUUUCACUUUGAUAUUUCAGAGACUCCAAUUAUUGGGAGACGGUAUGACGAGCUGCAGAGCUCUUCCAGCCGUGACGGUAAGCCCAGGGCGAUGGCUGUCACCCGAAGCACUUCUUCAACCUCAUCCGGUUCCAACUCCAACGUCCUUGUGCCUGUGAGCUGGAAGAGACCCCAGUACUCACAGAAAAGAACAAAGGAAAAGCUGGUACAUGUCCUUUCUCUGUGUGGUCAGGAAGUUGGUCUGAGUAAAAACCCUUCAGUAAUUUUUUCUUCCUGUGGUGAUCUGGAUCUGAUUGAGCACCAGACAAGCCUGGUGUCUUCAGAAGACGGAACCAGGGAGCAGGAGAACAUGGAUGAUUCAAACAGUGAACAACAGUUCAGAGUCUUUAGGGACUUUGAUUUCCUAGAUGUUGAGCUGGAAGAUGGGGAGGGCGAGAGCAUGGACAAUUUCAACUGGGGAGUACGCAGACGUUCUCUGGACAGCCUGGACAAGUGCGACAUGCAGCUGCUGGAGGAAAGCCAGCUCUCGGGGAGUACGCCCAGCCUGAACAAAAUGAACCAUGAGGACUCCGAUGAGUCAUCAGAGGAGGAGGACCUGACCACCAGCCAAAUCCUGGAGCACUCGGACCUAGGUACCUGUACGCUCAGUUCUUCUCCGCUUUUGUUUAAAAUUGACUCACUUUCUACAUCAUGUGACACAACCUCAGCAGACCCUCAUCAUUUUAAUAUAGGAACAUCUAGGUUUGAUGUCUCUUUGCCUGACAUGAAUAAUCUCCAAGUGUCUGAAAGUUCCAAGGCUGAAGCCAUACAUGAAGAGCAAGAUACAGCAGCCCAUGAAGAUGACCUUUCUGGGUCUACAAAUGAACUGCCAGGAGCAUUUGAAUGCAGUGAUAGCCUCAGUCUGGAUAUGACAGAGACGGAAGAGAAAGUUGACAGGCUGGAGCAAUUUGCUCUUGCCAGUUUUGGUGAUGUUGAUCGAAAUGCGUCACCUCCUCCCUCACCAUUUUUUUCUGCCAUCCUUGCUGCAUUUCAACCAGCAGCGUGUGAUGAUGCAGAAGAAGCCUGGCGUAGUCAUAUCAACCAGCUCAUGUGCGAUUCUGAUGGCUCCUGUGCAGUUUAUACAUUUCAUGUGUUCUCUUCCCUGUUUAAGAAUAUUCAGAAAAGAUUCUGCUUCCUAACCUGCGAUGCAGCUAGUUACCUAGGAGACAACCUGCGAGGAAUAGGCUCAAAGUUUGUGAGGUCUUCUCAGAUGUUAACAUCAUGCUCCGAAUGUCCUACCCUUUUCGUAGAUGCAGAAACACUCCUCUCCUGUGGCCUUCUUGAAAAGCUGAAGUUCAGUGUUCUAGAAUUACAGGAAUAUCUGGACACAUACAACAACAGGAAAGAAGCGACUCUCUCGUGGCUUGCAAACUGCAAAGCAACAUUUGCUGGAGGCUCACGAGAUGGAGUUAUUACCUGCCAGCCAGGGGACUCAGAAGAGAAGCAACUGGAACUGUGUCAGAGAUUAUAUAAACUCCACUUCCAGCUGCUGUUGCUUUUUCAGUCCUACUGUAAACUUAUCGGACAGGUUCAUGAAGUCAGCUCCAUGCCAGAGCUGUUAAAUAUGUCGAGAGAACUGAGUGAGCUGAAGAAGAAUCUUAAGGAUGCUACUGCUGCCAUUGCAGCUGAGCCUCAGAAUGUGGAGUCGGAGCCCACAUUCAAUUCCACAGAAGCAGCUAUUCAAUCCAUGCUGGAGUGUUUGAAAAACAAUGAACUUGUUAAAGCUGUGCGACAAAUAAGAGAAUGCAGGAUUUUGUGGCCCAAUGAUAUCUUUGGAAGUAGCUCUGAUGAUGAAGUCCAGACACUACUGAACAUUUACUUCCGGCACCAAACCUUGGGCCAGACUGGCACCUAUGCACUGGUGGGCUCCAACCAGAGCCUGACUGAAAUCUGUACCAAAUUAAUGGAACUGAAUAUAGAGAUUCGUGACAUGAUUCGCAGAGCUCAGAGUUACCGGGUCAUCAAUACUUUUCUUCCAGACUCCAGCGUUUCCGGCACAAGUCUCUGACAGGACUCUUGUGUCCUCUCUCAAGCUGGGAGUGCUGCCCUGCUGGAGUGAGGUGGUUCAAUGUCUUCUCGGCCUUACAAAGGUUUGGUCAAACUGUACUCACUCUUGUUACAUUUAGGAUUUCGUCUAAAAAGAUAUGGGCAGAACUUCAAAUGUGUAGCAAUACUGUCAGGACAAAGGUAGCAUAGAGCAUCCAGGACAUCCUUUGUUCUCUGUUGCACAAAAAUCAGUUAGCAUUUCACUGAGCAACUGCAACUCACUACUGAAGAAGUGACUUCCAUUGCGUACCAAAGCCUACUACACUGAACAAUACUUCCUUUAUAGCAAAUUAAUUUUUGGUUGGCAAAAGUGCAAUGUUUCCUUCACGAAAUAAUAUUUUUUGUUAAAAAAACUUGUACAUUUUUUCCUUUUUUCUCUUGUUUGAUUGAGUGAAAGAUGGGCAGAAUGAAGCUGGCCACAGAAUCUCGCAAACAUGUUGGUCAAAAGCUGAGAGCCUGUGUAUAUGAAACAAAUUGUAAAUGGACUACAGUUCAAUGUACACUGUAAUUUGAAUAUGAUUACUGUAUCUUAAAACAACAAGCUGCUAUGAAGUACAUUUCCUAAUGUUACUAGGCUACUGUCUGUGAAGGUACUGGAUCAUAUUGCAGAGGUCUGUUCUUAGGCCCCCAAGUAUCAUGAAUGGUCUUGGUAGAUUUUCUUCUUUUUUUUUUUAAGGACCUUGGCUGCUUUUUACUAGAGGGUUGCUUUUAUGAAUAUAUUUAUACUAUUAAAGGAUGGUUGAUCUAAUUUAACUUGCCAUUUUGUAGGAGAAAGUCCCAUCACAGAGUCAAAUCUUUUGAACUGUUAUGCAUGCAUAUUUUUAUUUAAUAUAAAUUUGAAGUAUAAAAAGUAAAAAUAUUAACGUGAAAUGCAAGUUCUCAUGUUAAGUUUCUUUACAGAGAUGUCUUAUUUUAUUUGUAAUGUAUAUAUAAAAGUCAUACCUGUAUGUUUUUUUCCUGCAUUUAACUGCUGUCCAGUGUUAAAUGUAUGCAUGUAAAUCUGUUGCACAUCUGAGACACUUUUAUUCUGACAACUAUGUAACUUAUUCACUCUGUAAAUACACUUACCGUUUUUGUGAGGUAACUUUGGUUGAUAUUUGGAUCAGUACAUCCAUUUAACUAAAAUAUAAAAGUCAUAUAUAAUCACAAGAGAGUAUGUGCUAGUUGUGAAGAUCUUGUUCUUGUCUCAGUCUAUACUGUUGCCAAUGGCAUCAAUGAUAAGCAGCCCUAAAAGACAACUUUUUCAUGGUU